AUGAUUGACUUAUUGGGUCCCAUAUUUUCCUCCGGUGAAUCUCCCCAAUCGCAUGACGCAUGUGUUCUUCUCCGCAGUAAACGCCGUCGUUUUCAAAGUCCCACACUUUUUAAACUGCUUGCCAAGAUCUCCACAGAAAUUUACUUUCUUUCCUCGAGAAGAUCUUCUCUCCUCUCCUGUGAAUGUUUUGAUCCGCCUGAUAACCUACUCAUGGAUCUCAUGAGACCGAGGAGCCCAGUGUACGGGGGACAAUGGAGCCGAUCAUCUAACAAUGCGGAAUCGAGGUCGCCGUCGAUGUCUCCGGCUCACCGGAAAGAGCUCGGUGGUUUAGGUGGUUUCUCAACCGUCAAGCGGACCCAGAACGUAGCCACUAAGGAGGCGGCUCAACGGCUGGCGAAAGUUAUGGCCUUUCAGAGCAACGACAAUGAGGAAGACGAUGACGAGGAUCACGAAUUCGAAUUCGCUCCUCCUUCCUCUGCCAUCAACGGCUCCAGUAACUUUUCCUUCGCUCGCCGCAAUCGAUCGCAGUCACCGGCGAUAGGAAGAAACAACACGGAGCAAGUGAGUUCAGUGCGUUCUUUGUCGGCGGGAAGACCAUCAACGUUUGGUAGAUCCAAAGCUCCGAAUGCUUCUCCGAAUUGGAUGCCGGUUAAGGCGACGCUGAAACCUCCACUUGAUCUUCCGUUUAGGGACAGAGAUAACAGGUAUUAUAGUGAUGUACCGUUGGUUAAUUCGAGAGAUAAAGGGUAUCAGCGUGAAGCUUCAGCACUUCGUGAUGAACUGGAGAUGCUACAAGAAGAUAAUGAGAUUAUAUUGGAGAGGCUUCACUCUGCAGAAGAAAAGCGCGAAGCAGCAGAAGCCAGGGCUAGGGAGCUGGAGAAACAGGUUGCUUCUCUUGGAGAAGGAGUGUCUCUGGAGGCCAAAUUGUUAAGUAGGAAGGAAGCGGCAUUGCGCCAAAGAGAGACUCUGAUACAGGCUGCACUUAAGGCUGCUAACGAGGAAAAAAAUGGGAAACAGGAUGAAGUUGUUUCCCUCCGUUCAGAAAUUCAGAUCCUGAAGGAUGAGGCUGCAACAGCUGCGGAACAGCUUCAAGAAGCAGAGUCAGAAGCAAAGGCUCUUCGUACGAUGACUCAAAGAAUGGUUUUGACACAGGACGAAAUGGAGGAAGUGGCCUUGAAGAGAUGCUGGCUUGCCUGGUAUUGGGGUUUGGCAGUGCAGCAUGGCAUGAAAAGUGGUCGGCUUUGGCUCCUCUUCCGUUUGAGCUGGUCAUAUCUGCAGCACAAAAGGCCAAAGAGUUGUCUCGGGAUCAAGGCUAAUGGGAGUGGUGAGAGCAAAACUGAUAGAUCUUUAAGUGAUCUAACUGGAGAAGGAAAUAUCGAAAGUAUGCUUUCAGUUGAGAUGGGUUUGAGAGAGCUAGCCUCUUUAAAGGUUGAGGAUGCCGUUAUGCUUGCAUUUGCUCAGAAUAGAACACCGACUGUGAUUCGUCAAGAUUCCAAAGGGAGUGGAGAACUCAGAUUAGUAGAGGCAUACGUGUUUAGGCACAAUCAUGAACUUCUUACCAAGUUAUCACAACUCUCAAAUGCAGAACUAAAAGAAGGGGAACAAGAAGAUGUUGCCUUUAAGCAGGCAUGGCUGAUGUACUUCUGGGGUAGAGCCAAGUUGCACGGUGUGGAAGAAGACAUUGCUGAUGAAAGACUCCAGUUUUGGAUCAGCCGUAGUGGAGGAACGUCUCCAACUUCUCACGAUGCUGUUGAUGUGGAGCGAGGCUUGUUAGAGCUAAGGAAACUAGAAAUAGAGCAACAAUUAUGGGAAGCUUGCCGCAAAGAGACUGAUCAGCUUCUUCCAUCUUCUUCUCCUACCUCUACUCUCACAAAUCACAACAACCUGGACCCUUAAGUGAUAUAUAGAUAGCAUUCUGUUUUGUAUAACAUAAUUUGGGAGAAACAAAACAUUAAAAGUAUUGUAACAUCUCAAACUCUGAAAAUCUAGACUUUAAAAAGCAGGCAGCUAAAAGUCUAGCCAUUUCUGGAAAUAAACACACGUUGUCGGGGAGAUAACCCCGUCAGGUGUACAAAGCGCUAUAUGCGGACAAGCCCCACAAGGCACCGAAGCAAAAGCUCCAGCUCUUGCUUCACCGCCACCGGAUUUUUUACCGGUCAACUUGUAGCAGACUUCUCCGAUUCUCGUAGCGGAGUACUCGCUGAGCCCAGUGCUCUUCACCUCCAUGAUGACGUUAUCCAAAACCAGGUUCUUGAGUAUCUCCUUGAACUGCUCUUUACUCAAUUGGUCCUUGUCGCUGCCCUUUUCGAAGUAGGAGUAUAUACCAUCGAAAGUAACAACCUUGUGCUUCUGCUUCUCCAGUAUCUUGACGCAGACUUCUUUGAGAAACUCGAUUUUGGCCACGUCAAGAGCUCCGUCGAUGUACCAAUCCCCGCCUGUAAGCUCCUUACAAGGCUCGAACUCCACUCCCAUAAAACGUUUGAAGCCUUUGUUGUUCAUGUUUGGGACCACUUUGAUGAGGUUCUUCUUCUUGAGAGAAUUGACUCCUCGAGUUAUGAACGCUUGUUGGAUCUUUAACCCAUCUCUCAACUCCGAUGGAGACGCCCCCAUCCCUUGCUUGCUCCGAAUAAAACUCAGCAGCUUCUUCUCCUCUUCGUUUUCACCUCCCGCCGAUGAUUUCGGCUCCGGUCGUUUUCGUUUACUCAUCUCCCCUCUAAUCACACUCGAGAUUAGUUUCUUUAGAGAUGAAACCUAAAAUCACUCCGGCGAAUACAGAUGCUGAAUCUGAGGAUUUAGGAGAGAGGCCGACGGAGACUGGAACAGAAGGAGACAUUUGAAGAAAGAGACAUUUCCAAAAAAAUUAAGAAGCUUUUUUUCCAAUGGCGGAUCCUGAGAAGAGGCGAGAUCAAUUAUUUUUUCAGGAGAAAUACGAAGAGAAAGAUCUCGACAUUGGCCACGACGAGCACGAGUCUCCUCUUCCUCUCACCGUCACUUCUCGUGUUUUGUACAUGUUAGGAGACAUAGCAGCUGGUCCAGCUCAUCGGUUUACACAAUGGUUGGAUUUAGUUCGUAAACGGAGUGCUACUUACGGAUCCUCUGGCUUCCCUCACCGCCUUCACCGGAUCGAUGAUUUGGUUACAAGGAGAGAGGAAUGCUGAUCCAAAAAGUCCACCAAGCAAGCAGACUUCAGAGAUUAGUUUGUGGGAGAGGCUUGGCAAAGCCUCCAUUGUGGAUAUCGAAUCGAGCUCUUUUUCAUGGAACAUGCUCUCUUCACUUCACCAUACUGAACAUAGCAGUAGCACUGAUCUUUCUGAAGAGGACCAGUGUAAACCGCUUGAGGUUACUGUGAAUUCUGGGGGGGUUGUUUUCUUUGCCCUGUUCAAUAGUUCCAGCUAUGAAGAUGCUUCUCGAAACGAAGAAGCAGCAGCAGUUAUAAAGUUUUCAUCAUCAAGGAUGGCCACGCAAUCAGAACGUCUAGGUUAUGAGUUUGCCAAGUGGCUAGGGGUGCAGAUCCCGCAGGCUAGAGUCAUUCAUAGCUGUAAUCCAGAGUGGACACUGAUCAGAGAAGCAACUGAAAAAGCACAAGCUAAUGCGGCUUCGGAGGGAGACGAGGUUGGUGAAGUGACUUGUUCAGAACUUCUGGAAGCCCUUGAGCUCAGUCGUUGCCUUCUCCUAAUGAGCUAUGUUCAUGGAUGUCCAUUGCUGGAGAGCAUGAGUAGUUUCGAAACUGAAGAAAAGGCAGAGAGAGCUGCUGCAGCGUUAGGGAGAAUCUUGGUGUUAGAUCUUGUAAUAAGGAACGAAGACAGAUUACCUUGUCGCCAGCUGAGAUGGCGUGGCAACCCGGCAAACCUGUUGUUAACCGACAGGAUUGUGUCGCCAACAAAAUACCUACAAUGCUCGUUUGAAGAAGCUUUCGAUUCCGCCAUCAAACGGUGCCAUCCAAGAGACUACAGAUCCAUUCAGAAGGAAAGAAGAGCUUCUUCGGUAGAUAGCAGAUCCAGAUUGAGUGUUAGUGAUCAAAGGUUGGUCUCACAGUCUUCUGACUUUUCUGAUAUAACGGAAUCGCCUAGAUCCUAUGACACUGGUUAUAUGAGUCCAAUGUCCGAUGGAUCAGUAGCUCCUGAUUUUCACAUUGUCACCAUAGACUCGGGUGUUCCACGGCGUCCUCCCGCUGGAAAACGGGCAAGCGACCAAGAGAUCUAUCCAAGAUUAGUUGAGCUGCUGCUCAAUAGUAGCCAGUAUUCUUCCAACUUGUUAUAUGAGAUAACAGAAGGGAGUUUAGGAUAUCCCCAGGGAGAAGCUGGUGCAGAAACAUCUAAUGUUCGGUCGAAUGUAGUGACCCCAGUUGUACGUGAGUUUCGAAAUGGUUUCCGAGCUGGUCUCAGGGAUUUGCAAGAGUUCCACAUAUUCCUCGUCACGCUUCAUCAGAAGUUAGAUGGGCUGCUGCGUGCAUUUUUCAAUAUGAUGGACAAAACAAUGUGUGCAGAUUUUGACAGAGAAGACUUUGCUGUUCCUGAAUCGCCAUCACAGACUUUUGGUCAUGAGGCGAAUAAUUAUCCAUCUCCCUCAAAAGAUCGUGUGCCUAGUGAUAACAGCUCUGAGCACAGUGAGUCAGAUAUGCACAAAUCAGUUCUUAAGACACCAAAUUCUGAAAACAAAGAAGGCACAGAUGCGUCUUCGCCUAUGUCACGGGAAAGUUGGCACGGCAGAUACAACAGAGGUGGAGAAUCUCUUAGCAGUCAGCGUUUGGCAGCAAAGCUCCGUGACUUCCAUAAAUUUGCAAAGAUUGAUGCAGAGUCUAAUAAAGAACUAGACCAGUGGAACGAAACACUGCGGAAUGAAGUUAUGAAACUCUGUCAAGAGAACGGUUUCAACACUGGGUUUUUUGAAGGCAGUGAUAAUAACAGUUGCACAGAUGCUUACGAGUUAAAGGUGAGACUUGAGCAUAUUCUUGAGAGGAUAUCAUUGAUUUGCAAAGCUGCUAAUACAGAGAAACCAUCAAUGAUACAAGAUAAUCUUUUUAUCGGAGGAGGUUUGGCUGCAAGGUCCGUUUACACUCUUCAGCAUUUAGGUGUGACUCAUAUUCUAUGUUUGUGCGCAAAUGAAAUCGGUCAAUCUGAUACGCAAUACCCCGAUCUCUUCAAGUACAAAAAUUUCUCAAUAACCGAUGAUGAAGACUCAAAGAUCGAGAACAUCUUUCAAGAAGCUCUCGAUUUCAUCAACCAUGGGGAAGAAACAGGCGGCAAGAUUCUAGUUCAUUGCUUCGAAGGUCGGAGUAGAAGCGCAACUGUAGUGCUCGCUUACCUAAUGCUCCGAAAGAACCUCACACUUUUGGAAGCAUGGAGCAAACUGAGAAAAGUUCAUAGACGAGCUCAACCGAACGACGGGUUUGCCCGGAUCUUAGUUAACCUCGACAAGAAAUGUCACGGGAAGGUGUCAAUGGAGUGGAGACAGAGGAAACCGACAAUGAAAGUGUGUCCGGUUUGUGGUAAGAACGCAGGUCUAAGCAGCAAUUCUCUGAAGCUUCAUCUCCAGAAAUCUCACAAGAAACUGUCUUCUGGAAGCGUUGACAGUGCAAUGAACAUGGAGAUUCAAAAGGCUUUGGAGGCUCUUAAGCUCAGCACUGGUCGUGGCUCAAGUGUUAGCUCCAAUCCUCCUUUUCAGUCUUAUCCUGCUUAGAGACACCGGUUUAGUUUCUAUCAGUGGUUUGUUGCAUCAUCCGAACGGAAUAUAUAAAUAAAUAGAAUUGAUAUUGUAUGUUUUUAUUUAUUUGUUAUAAUUUCUUAUACAAAACUAAAUUUCAAUUUA